UCCAACCAGUCCCCUUCACAUCCGUCCCACAGCAAUCUCAUCAAGAGCACCCACUGCACAGUACUCAGUAGCGAGUAGCGACCAGCUAGCCCUCUCCAGUGACAUCGUAUAGCACGCAGCAGCUCGAUCGGCGUCGUGCAAGUGCCCGCGCGCAUGGCGGCUUCCUCUCGCAUCUCGUCCCCUCCGGCGUGGCUGUUGGCCGCGCACUGCGCUCUCAUGCUCGGCGCCCUGGCUGGAGCCGCCCGUGGCCACUCUCCGACCGCCGGCGCGGCGCUUAGCUCCGCGUUCUACGACCAGUCGUGCCCCGGCGCCUACGGCAUCGUCCGUCGCGUCAUCCAGGCCGCGCGCGUCUCCGACCCGCGCAUCCCGGCCAGUCUCAUCCGCCUCCACUUCCAUGACUGCUUCGUCAACGGUUGCGACGGCUCCCUUCUUCUGGACGACGAUCUCCCGGCGAUCCAGACCGAGAAGAACGUGCCAGCCAACAACAACUCGGCGCGCGGCUUCCCGGUGGUCGACGGCAUCAAGCGGGCGCUGGAGGAAGCGUGCCCGGGCAUCGUCUCCUGCGCUGAUAUCCUUGCCCUCGCAGCCGAGAUCUCCGUUGAACUCGCUGGAGGACCACGGUGGAGGGUGCUUCUUGGCCGCCGAGACGGCACGACGACCAACGUCCAGAGUGCUAACAACCUUCCCAGCCCUUUCGACACCCUUGCCAAGCUCCAGGAGAAGUUCAGAAAUGUCAACCUCGACGACACUGACCUCGUCGCCCUCCAAGGAGCGCACACAUUUGGCAAAGUCCAGUGCCAGUUCACGCGUCACAACUGCUCGGCGGGGCAACCACAGGGUGCACUAGAGAACCUGGAUCAGGUUACACCCACUGUGUUUGACAACAAGUAUUAUGGCAACCUCUUGCACGGCCAAGCGCAGCUAUCGUCCGACCAGGUCAUGCUAUCCGACCCUGCGGCACCGACAACCACUGCACCUGUUGUUCACCGGUUCGCGAGUAACCAAAAGGAUUUCUUUGCGAACUUCGUGACAUCCAUGAUUAAGAUGGGCAACAUCAGCCCGCUGACAGGAAAGGAUGGAGAGAUCAGAAAGAACUGCCGGAGGGUCAAUAGCAAAGGCCAUUGAGGAAGACUCUCAUUCAAUUUAAUUUGUUUGAUUUCCUUUUUUUCACCUGUUAUGAUGAUGUUCACGCAGAUCAUUCUUGUGUCAUUGUUUGAAACUGUGAGUGAGAAUGUAUGCACCCUCUGUUGGGAAGCAAAUGUGAAAAUUAUUUUUACACCAUUUGUUUAUGCAUAUAUCUAAAAAAAUAUAUAAUUUCUAUAUAUAGAAAUAUAUGCAUUUCCUAGGGAAACCAUGUUUCCUACGGUUUCUUAGAAAAAUGUAGGGCACAAACUUGUUUCAUGUCAAAACAUUUCUAGGAAAUGUUCCCUACGAAACACCAUAAGGACCUAGUUUCUCUACAACUUUUGGUCUUUUCCUUCGGAAUUUGAACUCUAUGAAGAAA